AGGUCCGUUUUAUAAAAUUUCAGUUGAUUGAUAAAUCUACUGACAUCCUCAUUUCUUAUUAGCAAGCAAGAAUUCAUCUUUGCUGCAUAUUUUCUUAUGAUUCUACAAAUUUAAGCAAUUGGGUUCAGGAUAGUAGCCCUUAAGUGAAACUUAUUUGAUUUCAUAUGUUCUCCGUGGCGGUACUGGCGGAGUAUUUGGUUGAUGUUUUGAUGUUAUUCUACUAUUUAAAGUAAUGAGGUUCUCAAAUAAUAGCUUUUAUUUACUUGUCUGAAGCAGUAAUUACAUCUUAAUUGGCAGAGGCGGAUUUAAAUUUGAACUUUAUGGGUUCGAGAACCCCACUGAACCCUAUGUCCAUUUGAGUUAAUGGGUUCCAAAUUUGAUAUUUGUACAUAUAAGAGUCUGAGCCAAAGUUACUGGGUUCUGCUAAACUCAUAGCUCAUACUGCAUAUGUACAUCCGCCCCUGCUAGUUGGUAUAUAUGUAAGUGGUGAUUAGGAAUGGCAACUCAGAUUUAUGUGAAAAGCCAGAGAAAUGGGUACUUGAGUUUGUGGGAUACAAUGUUUAAUAUUUGUGUUCGGCGAAGGUUUUCUCUUUGGUCAAUGAAGAAAGAUCCAGAUCUUGAAGGUGCAUUACAUAGAAAUCGUCGAUGGAUAGUGAAUAAUCAGAUUAAGAACAUUAUUAUGAGAUGUCCUAACCAGGUUGCAUCAGUAAAAUACCUGCAGAAGAAGUUCAACACUCUUGAUCUUCAAGGCAAAGCUCUAAAUUGGCUGAAAAAGUAUCCUUGUUGCUUUGAAGUCUACCUUGAGAAUGAUGAGUACUAUUGUGGUCUGACUAAAAGAAUGAUGUUUUUGACUGAAGAGGAAGAGUCUGUUAAGGAUAUGCAGGAACCGAUAUAUGCUGAGCGAUUAACAAAGUUGUUGAUGAUGAGCUGUGAUCAAAGGCUGAAUAUUAUGAAACUUAACGAAUUGAGGAGGAAUUUUGGAUUUCCUGAUGAUUAUUUGCUCAGGAUUGUACCCAAGUACCCUCAAAUAUUUAGAGUUGUUAACCACACCGGGAGGCGGAGUUCGAUGGAGAUUGAGCUCACAGCCUGGAACCCUGAUUUAGCAGUUUCUGCAAUCGAAAGAAAGGCCAUAAAGGAUGGUCGAGAGCCAGGUUUCCCGUGCUCCUUGCCUCCGACUUGGGUCAAAUCAUGGGAAAGAUUUGAAGAUUUUAAUUCUACUCCAUAUAUUUCACCUUAUCUUGGACUUGAUGGUUUAGUGGAUGGUUCAAAGGAAAUGGACAAGAGAACAGUGGGAGUAGUGCAUGAGUUACUGUCAUUGACCUUGUGGAAAAAGGCAUCAAUUUUCAAAUUGGGCCAUUUUAGAAGGGAAUUAUGUUUACCAGAGAAAUUAAAUGUUUUUCUGCUCAAACAUCCUGGAAUAUUCUAUGUUUCUAACAGAUACCAGAUCUAUACAGUUCUCCUCAGGGAAGCAUAUAAUGGGUCAGAACUGAUCGAAAAGGACCCUCUUGUUGUUGUCAAGGAGAAGUUUGGAGAAUUAAUGCAGGAGGGACUCCAUGAAUAUAAUCGCAGACAUUAUCUAUUGAAUUUAGAAAAGAAGAGGAACAGAGGCAUGAUAAUGCCAAAGCCAGAGAAAAGGAGGAGCCAAAGCGACGAAAUUUCAUCAGAACAAGAUAAGGAAGGAGGAGAUUUAGGUGGCAUAUUUGAUCCGGAAGAGAGGAAGCGGUUUUACAAAGUUCUGUUUGAUGACAAUGCUCCGUAAGCAACAGAAGAAGUAAACAUAUCCAUAUUAACAUCAGUGAUACAGGCUUAUCAGUAUUACAUGCAGAUCGUAUUAUGUCCAUAGGCAAUAGAGCCUUGGGGAGUUGUAUGUUGCUAUGAGCACCAAAAUUUAUAGUUAUAUUUCCUUUGCUUUUUCCAUAUAUACUGAUUAAUCUAGAUUAUUAUUUUAUCUCCUUAUGUCUCUCCAUGUUGCCCUACCCAAGAAAAGCUUAGAGGAUGACCCAAAAUAAGCAGUUAACAUCAACUCCUUUCUUUCGUUCCUUUUUUAAUUUGUUUUCGGAUAAAGAUUGGCCACUUCUGCUUGAAGAUAUAUAUAUCAGCAGAAUUCUGCUCAA